AUGUCGUCAAUAUCUUCGUCGUCUUCAAAUGUGCGGAUGGAUCGUCGAUUCGACUGGGUUGGGCCGCCCGAUAAUGUGUCCAAAAUCCGCAAAAUUAUGUGAGUUUUCUAAAGAAAUUCGCCUCUCCAAUUUUCGCGAAAACUCUGGUAAAUGGACUGCGAUUUAAUUAGAACUCAUUCACAUCUAAUAAUCACACGGUAAGCGUGAAACGUCCUUGGAUUAGAUUCGAAAACUCUAACUAGAUGUCAAAUUUGAUCAAAUCAAUAUUUCCUAAUAAGAUGCAAAAUUAGCUGCUUCUGCUUUUAGAAUCUAAUUGUAUUCUAUUUGAACACUAAGCUUUUCUAAUUAAAUGUAAAAAUUAAUCUAAUUGCUAUUAGAUUCGAAUAAGUUCUAAUUAAAUCGCAAUCCAUUUACCAGAGAAAGAAAGUAGUUACUAAAAUGUACAAUUUCAGGCUGCGGCGUGUGGAUAACGAAUCAGAAUUAGAGCGAGAGUAUCGGAUGGCACGGGAGGAGCUCAAUCAGUGGAACUCGGACUUUUGGGCAGAACACAACACGCUUUUCGAGCGACAAAAGGCAGCAUUUGUGGAGCAAAAGCAAAAAGAUUUGGGACGAUUGGAACACGUUUCAGCGAACGAUUUGAGCGAAUUUUAUCGCGAUUUUCUCAAUGGACGACACGUGGCAAUGAUGACGUAUAAUAAGUGCGUUCUUUUAAAAAGUACAUCAAAUAUGAAACUGAAAAUCGCUAUUAGAGGGGCAUCUCACAGAAAAAUCUAGGCCGCGAAGUAAUUUUCCAACGAAAACACUGAAAACAAGAGUUUGUCAACAGAGAGCCAUUUCUGUGAGGUGCCCCUAUAAUAAAAUUCAGUAUUUUCGGUAAAGAAUGGAGAACAUUUCAAUUUGAUGAAACUUCAAGUUUUUUUAACUUUCAGAGAGUGGUAUCGACGGAAUUUGAUGCUUAUUUGGCCGGCUCUCAAAGUGAACAUCGUCCGAUUUUUCAGAAUGGCCAGAAAAUGA